GGGUGUAGCAGAAAGAUGGCGACAGAUCUCGGAGCUCAUGCUUGUUGUUGUUGACGUUAAAACGAACGGUGUAAGAUUUAGUCAAAGUGGACGUCGAGAAGGUUUCCCCGUGCGAUUGAUGACUGUUGAAGUUGAUUAUUGAGUGCAAUCCAGGCUGUCCAAUAAGCUUUACAAUGACGCAGCCAGAGAUUCGUUUCAAAAUGCCGAACUGGUACUACGAUAAAAAGGCUCUGAGGAAAACACCGUCAUUUUUGGAUGGAAUCUCGAACAGUAAAGAGAUGCGCUACCGACGAGAAGGAGUCAGACUCAUUGUGAAGGUCGGAGCAAAGCUGGGCUUGAAGUACGAGACCACUGCGAGUGGCACAGUCUACUUUCACAGAUUUUACAUGUUUCAUAGCUUUAAACAGUUCCCGCGAUUUAUCACAUCAUGUUGUUGUUUACUCCUCGCUGGAAAGGUGGAAGAGACACCGAAGAAAUGCAAACAAAUCAUCGCAACGGCGCAGGAGUUCCUGACGGACAGGCAGUUCCAACAAUUCGGCGACGAUCCGAGGGAAGAAGUCAUGACCUUGGAACGAAUACUCCUGAAAACGAUCAAGUUCGACCUCCAAGUCCAACAUCCGUACCAGUUUAUACUAAAAUACGCCAAGGGUAUUCUCGGCGAUCGGGACAAAAUCGGCAAGAUGGUUCAGAUGGCAUGGACAUUCAUCAAUGAUUCGUUCCAAACAACGCUCUGUCUUCAAUGGGAGCCCGAGAUCAUAGCUAUCGCGGCAAUAUAUCUUGCGAGCAAGCUAGGACAGUUCGAGAUUAGCGAUUGGCAAGGACGAACACCGAGUCAACGUCGAUGGUGGGAGGCUUUUGCAUCGGAAGUCUCGAACGACCUGCUUGAAGACAUUUGUCAUCAAAUCCUAGACUUGUAUCAGACGACGCAUCCCGAACAGCCUCAAGACUCGCCCGCAGAAGAGGAAGUCAGUCCGGGUACUCCAAAGAGACAUCGACCAGCGUCUCCGCCACCCCAGCCAAAACUGAAGCUAGAGAAAAAGGAGGAAAUUCAUGCCAUUGCACAAGACAAAAAACUCCAGGCGCCUCCAAUGCCCCCCAUGGUAUCGACCAUUAACUCUGUGGCGCCUCCGCUACCAAAGGAACCCCCGCAAUUCUUCGCGCCGCCCCCCUCGGAACCGCCGCUGAUUCCAUCGCAUCAGGGAUUCCAGUCGAUGCCUCCAUUGCCGCCCAUACCGCCGCAGCCCAAUGCCAUCCCGAAUCAGCCAGGUAUCGCUGCGGCUCAGUAUCCCCAUCCGCCUCCGCCCCUGCAUCCGGGUUUGAAUACGCAGGGACCUCCAGUGCAUGCCCGUCCUGUAGGAUCAAAUUCGUCGGUUUCAUCGGCGUAUCCCCCGCACGGCUACUUCAUGCAGGUGCCGCCGCCUCAGGACUUCACGGCUUCUUCCCAUCAAUUUUAUCAGAGCGGCACUGGAGUGCAUCACAUGGGCACAUCGCCUCAUCAGGUUCGACAGAUGCCUCAGCCCGCCGGGGGUCCGAUAAGGGAUCAUUACAGGACCUCAUCCCAAUCCCACCAUCCCUACAUGCGUGGCCAAAGUGCGUACAUGAUGCCUCCGCAGAGGCGCUGAUAUCUCAACGACAGUUUCCAUAGAAACAACUUGAACGUGUACAUUAAACUGUAUAGUUUCGAUACCAUGUAAUAAAUUAAAAAAUUGUUUCU